UCCUGGAACCCAGAGACGGAAGGCACUGCGGACCAAGGGCCACGGCCUCCCCACGGGCCCCGGGCCAGGUCUCUGCAGGCGGGCAGGGCUCCCAGGCCACUGGCGGGCACAGCCAAUCCCCCUCCCUCCUCCUCCUGGCCCGGAUUUCUAGACACUUUGGUGCUGUCCUAACACGUGGUCUUUAUUAACACAGGUCCUUUUGGAACCAGAAACGGCAUGAACGUGAUGGGCUCCAAGGCCAAGGGCAGGAAGAAAUGCGGUCAGUCUUUCCAGGAGCCACCAAGGGGCCUCCCCGGGCUCAACAAGACAAACACGGCUGCCGUGCAGACAGUGGCUCAACCCCACGGUGCCCGAACACCCAGCCCCUGGACGGUGAGACACCUGUUGCUGCAGGUGGCCCGUGGCUCACUGAUGAGGCCCGGCCCCAGGCGUACGCCACCUUCUCUGGGGCCACCUCUCCGGUCUGCAGUGGGGUUCUCCUGGGAGCCCCCAGUCACCACGGGACCAGCGUGGCCUGUCUGUAGCCCAAGAAGGUGGGGACACAAGACUGUCCCCCGUGCCCCCCGCAUCACCCCCGAGGCCGAGCGAGCACCAGUGGUGUCUGCGGGGAAGAUGAAGGGCUCACGCACAGCCCCCAUCUACAGAAGCACAGACUGCAGCCACCUGCGCUAUGGAACAAACACAAGUGUCCGUGCAGGACCCGAUGUCUGACUGUCAAGGCCAUGCCCGGGCCACGGUGAGAAGGUGCAUCCCCCAUGCAAGCCACAGAGAGGGGAUGGGGGGGCCAUCUGCGAUUCUGAGCUCAUCGGGCAUCACCCCAGAGGGAGAGGGAGAGGGAGAGAGGUAGACAGAAGUACAGAGGGAGAGAAAGAGAGAGGGAGGGAGAGAUGUCUCUCCCUUCCCUGGGGGUUCUCUAGUGCAGCCAAGGCUGAAAACCACUGCAUUUUGGGAGAUGGGUCCUCGUGGAAGAGUUAGAUAGUAGCUCAAUGGCAUUAUCGACACAUACUAAAAAGGCCCCAAAUCUUGGGGAGUCAGGGAGGGGAGUGUCGGCUGCCUCGUAAACGGGGAGAGAUUGGGCAUCAGGGGAGGUGCCUGUGCAGCCUGCGCCCAGGGCCCCGCAGACUUCAUCUCCCAGCGGUGGUCCUGGGCUGGAAGUCAGCGGGGAGGUCAGGCUGUCCAAGCAUCAACGUUGACUUCAGGGCUGGUCUAAAAGGCGCCUGGUGUUUGUUGAAGCAGAAAAAAGAGAAAGCAGUAGGGAGAGGAUGGGAGUGGGAGGGGGAGGGAGCCCCCCUCCUCAGCACUUCUACCGCUCUCCCUCUCUCUCUCCCUUUCUCCCUCUCUCCCUCUACCUCGCUGCCUCUCCCUCUCCCUCCAUCUCUCCCCCUGCCUCUCUCCCUCCCUCUCUCCCUGUCCCUCUUUCCCUGUCCCUCUCUCUCCCUCUUUCCCUGUCCCUCUCCCUCUCCCCCUUUCCCUCUCUCUCUCCCCCUCUCCCUCUCUCCCUUCCUCUCUCCCUGUCCCUGUUUCCCUGUUCCGCACGCUCUGGCUCUACCUCUUUCCCUCUCCCUCUCCCUCCACCUCCUUCCCUCUCUGGAGAGGGAAGGAGAGAGAUGGAGAGGGAGGGGGGAGAGGGAGAGAGAGAUGGAGAGGGAGGGGGGAGAGGGAGAGAGAGGGGGGAGAGGGAGAGAGGGGGGAGAGGGAGAGAGUGAUGGAGGGAGCGAAAGAUGUCUCUCCCUCCCUCCCUCUCUCCCUCCCUCUCUCCCUCUCCCUCCCCUUCUCCUCCCUCUCCCUCUCGCUCCAACUCUCCUUCUCCCUCCGUGUCUCCAUCUCCCUCACUCCCUCCCAGAGAGGCAGAGAUAAGGCAGAGGGAGAGAGGGAGAGGGAGAGAUGGAGGGAGGGAGAGACGGAGGGAGAGGGAGGGAGAGAGGGAGGGAGAAAGAGGUCUCUUCCUCCCUCCCUCUCCCUCUCUCCUCCUUCUCUCCCUCUCUCCCUCUCCCUCUCUCUCUCCCUGUCCCUGUUUCCCUGUUCUGGUCUCCCUCUCCCUCUCUCCCUCUCCCUUGUCUCUGCCUCUCCCUCCAUCUCUCCCUAUGUGGGAAGGAGUGAGGGAGAUGGAGACAUGGAGGGAGAGGGAGAGUUGGUGGAAGAGGGAGAGGGAGGAGAAGGAGAGAGGGAGGGAGAGAGGGAGAGACGUCUUCGCUCCCUCUCUCUAUCCCUCUCUCCCUUUCCCCCCUCUCCCUCCCUCGCCGCCCUCCCUCUCCUGCUCUCCCUGUCCCUCUUUCCCUGUCCCUCUCCCUCCACCUCCUUCCGUCUCUGGAGAGGGAAGGAGGGAGAGGGAGAGGGAAAGAGGGAGAGGGAGAGCUGAACAGGGAAACAGGGACAGGGAGAGAGGGAGGGAGAGGGAGAGAAGGAGGACAGAGGGAGAGGGAGGGAGGAAGAGACCUCUUUCCCUCUCCCUCUCCCCCCCUCUCUCUCGCUCUCCUCUCCAUAUCUCUCUCCCUCUCUUCCUCUCCCUCCCUCUCCCUCCAUCUCUCCCUCUCUCCCUCUCCCUCUCCCUUGUCUCUGCCUCUCCAUCUCUCCCUCUCUGGGAGGGAGUGAGGGAGAUGGAGAGAUGGAGGGAGCGGGAGAGUUGGAGGGAGAGGGAGAGGGAGGAGAAGGAGGGAGGGAGAGGGAGAGAGGGAGAGGGAGGGAGGGAGGGAGGGAGGGAUAGAGGAAGGGAGGGAGGGAGGGAUAGAGGGAGGGCGGGAGAGACGUCUUUCGCUCCCUCCCUCUAUCCCUCUCUCCCUCUCCCCCCUCUCUCUCCCUCUCCCCCCAUCCUGCUCUCUCUCCCUGUCCCUCCACCUCCUUCCCUCUCCAGAGAGGGAAGGAGGUGGAGGGACAGGGAGAGGGAAGGAGGUAGAGGGAGGGCGUGCGGAACAGGGAAACAGGGACAGGGAGAGAGGAAGGGAGAGAGGGACAGGGAAGAGGGACGGGGGAGGCGGGAAGACGGAGGGGGGCGGCGGGAGAGAGACGGGGGAGGGGGAGGGGAGAGGGAGAGGGAUGUGGGAGAGCGAGGGGGAGACGGAGACGGGAGAACACUCUGUGGCUGCCGAGUAAGAGUGGACCUGUCCAAUGGGGAAAGGAGAAGUCGACAUCGUGGCCGCCUCCUUCUUGGGGUCGUCGCCCUCGAGAUGAUUAUCGGAGGAGGAGUCCUCCCCCUCACCACAGAUGUCCAAGACGGAGAAGCUUCUCCCGCAGCCGGAGCAGGUCCCUUUAGUAGAUGUAGGAGAAGAGAGAGAUCACUGUCCCAGGAGAGAAAUCGCAAGCCGUCCCGAUCCAGGUCAAAUGAAAGGAAAUAG